ACGAACAGGGAUCCGUCGGGUCUCCGGGCCAACACGGAUACUUAUAGCGAGCAGUCCAGGGUUACUCUGGAUUUCUAGAUCCUGUGCGACUCUCCGCAAUAUCUGCAGGGCAUGAGAGGUGACGCGAUAGAAGCUAGGAGCACCGCACACUCCGGCUGGCACUGCUACGAGCUUUCCAUGGAAUAUACCACAAGCGGUGGGUUCGUCUGGAACUUGGAACGACCUUUGUACUUUUUCUUUUUUUUUUUCUUUGUUGUUUUCGUGCUUUGCUUUUUUGGUUCCAGGAAACUUAGAAUGAAACUCAGAGAGAAAGGAGCCCAGUGGUGGGUAGUCCGGGGAGACGCAGUCCUGCAAAAGUACGACAGCUGCACUCUAAUUCACGAUCGAUCCGUCAUACAGCAGCCUUCAUGCCGAUCCCCUCUCCCGUUGGGGCGCCAACAUUGUGUCCAAGGCCAGAUUGUAAAUUAAGCAGCCAUCACGGCAUCGAAAAUAGGUGGUGUUGACAUGGCGGACGCCGCCCAUUGCAGGGUAUAGGGUAGCACACAAAGAGUACGGACCAGCCAUGGACAUCAUGACGCAAAGCUUUACACACUGCAUGUGGAUGGUGCACUCCGACCUUCUCCGGGAAUUAUUGGACGCUUAUGCAGUGUACCCC